GACUUCUUCCGUAUACUGGCCGCUCCCAGGGUUGGGUCUCGGCCCCAUCGGCUCUCUUUGGCCCUGCUCAUUCAUUCCUUCUCCCAUCCUCUCCCCCUCCUUUCCUUCUCUCCUUCCUUUCCCCUCCCUAUCCCUGCCCCCUUUCCUCUCUCCUCUCUGCUCCCGCAUUUCCCUCCGGCAGCCUCCGGCGGCUCUGGCACCAUGCUCCGGCUCCUCCGCUUGCUGCUGCUCCUGUUGCUGCUGCCUCCCCCCGGCACCCCCGAGCCCCCCGGCUUGGCCGCUGUGUCCCCUGGUGCGCCCCCACAGGCCCCGGAUUUGCUAUACGCCGAUGGACUGCGCGCCUACGCGGCAGGGGCCUGGGCGCCGGCGGUGAGAUCGCUUCGGGACGCUUUCCGCCGCCGGGAGCCCUACAACUACCUGCAGAGGGCCUACUACCAGCUGAAGAAGUUGGACCUAGCAGCAGCUGCAGCCCACACCUUCUUUGUAGCAAACCCCACACACCUUCAGAUGCGAGAGGAUAUAGCCAAGUACAGACGUAUGUCCAAGAUUCAGCCACAGAGCUUCCGGGACCUGGAGACGCCCCCAUANNAGGCAGCCUAUGACUCUGGCCUAGAGCUACUGGGGCGCCAGGAGACAGGACUGGCACUGCCCAGGCUUGAGGAAGCCCUGCAGGAGAGCCUGUCCCAGAUAGAGAGUUGCCGGGCUGACUGUGAGGGGCCUGAGGAGCAGCAAAGGGAGGAAGAAGAAGAGGAAGGAACUGGGAGCAAGGGGGGCCUCUAUGAGGCCAUUGCAGGGCACUGGAUUCGGGUCCUGCAAUGCCGGCAGCGCUGUGUGGGGGACACAGCUACACGGCCUGGUCGCAUGUUCCCUGUCCCUGACUUCCUUCCCAACCAGCUGAAGAGGCUGCACGAGGCCCAUGCUCAGGUGGGGAAUCUGUCCCAGGCGAUGGAAAAUGUCCUGAGUGUCCUGCUCUUCUACCCGGAGGAUGAGGCUGCCAAGGAAGCUCUUAACCGGUAUCAGACUCAGCUUGGGGAGCCGAGACCGGGCCUCGGGCCAAGAGAGGACAUUCGGCGCUUCGUCUUUCGAUCCCUUGGGGAGAAGAGACAGCUCUACUAUGCCAUGGAGCACCUGGGGACCAGCUUCAAGGAUCCUGAUCCCUGGACCCCAGCAGCUUUCAUCCCUGAGACACUUAGAGAAAAGCUCAGAGAGGAUCAAGAGCAGCGGUCUUGGGACCAUGAGCCUCCGCAGCAGAAGCCCUUGACUUAUUGGAAAGAUGUCCUUCUCCUAGAGGGAGUAACCCUGACCCAGGAUGCAAGACAGCUGAAUGGGUCUGAGCGAGCAGUGUUGGAUGGUCUGCUCACCCCAGCUGAGUGUGGGGUGCUGCUGCAGCUGGCCAAGGAUGCAGCUGAGGCUGGAUCCAGGUCUGGCUAUCGAGGCCGCCGCUCCCCUCACACCCCCCAUGAACGCUUCGAGGGGCUCACGGUGCUCAAGGCUGCACAGCUGGCCCGGGCUGGGGCUGUGGGCACUCAGGGUGCUAAGCUGCUUCUGGAGGUGAGCGAGCGUGUGCGGACCUUGACUCAGGCCUACUUCUCCCCAGAAAGGCCCCUGCAUCUCUCCUUCACCCACCUGGUGUGCCGAAGUGCCAUCGAAGGAGAGCAAGAGCAGCGCAUGGACCUGAGCCACCCGGUGCAUGCCGACAACUGCAUCCUGGACCCUGACACUGGAGAGUGUUGGCGGGAACCCCCAGCCUAUACCUAUCGAGACUACAGUGGACUCCUCUACCUCAACGAUGACUUCCAGGGUGGGGACCUGUUCUUCACAGAGCCCAACGCCCUCACCGUCAGGGCUCAGGUUCGUCCUCGCUGUGGACGCCUCGUGGCCUUCAGCUCUGGUGGGGAGAAUCCCCAUGGUGUGUGGGCUGUGACGCGGGGCCGGCGCUGUGCCCUGGCGCUGUGGCACACGUGGGCACCUGAGCACAGGGAACAGGAGUGGACAGAAGCCAAAGAGCUCCUGCAGGAGCCAGAGGAGGAGGAAGAGGAGGAGGAAGAAGAAGAAGAAGAGGAAGAAAAGGAAAAAAAGCCCAGCAGAGACCCUUCUCCAGAGCCCCCUAGCCGCCGGCUUCAGCGAGUCCAGGACAAGUCUGGGAAGCCUCCUCGGGUCCGAGAGGAGCUAUGAAGGGCUGAGCCAGCUCCUUGGGGAUGUGGCCACUGACUUGUGAAGGGCUGCCUUGAUGCCAGGACCCACAAGAAGCUCCCAUGUGACAGGAGCAGAACAGUGAGCUCUCUGUCCCUGUACCCCGACAAUCUUGGGGAUCACAAGGACUGUCCAGUACUGAACUCAGAGGACACUGCACAGACCAGCCUAGAGCUCACCAGGUCUGGGGAGCCAGGCCUGGCCCCAAUUGAUGGACCUCCUACCCUAGGACAGACAGAAGACACAAUGCCUCCCUAGAAAGAAAUGGCAGGAGAUGAGGCUGACUGCUUCAUAUGAAGAGAGGGAAUAACGCUCCCAGCCCCCUCCCAGCCUGUCAAUAAAGAACAUGAAGGUCCCUCA